GGGACCGGGACCGUUAUCAGAACAGGGACCAGAACUGGGACCGGGAUCGGGAUCAGAACCGGAGCCGCCCAGCGCCGGCCGAGGAGGCGCCGGCCGGGCCCUCCCUACAGGACGCGGCGGCGAUGCUGUGACCUACAUUCGCGACAAGGAGGUCCCCAGCCCGCCGCCACCGCCGCCGGGCCAUGAAGCGACACAAGUGACGGGCCCGUGGCCAUGGCCAGCCCGGCACCAUGGCUGCGCUGGACACAAACAGAGCUGCCGCGCCCGCAGGCCGAGCAGGAGGAGGAGGAGGAGGAAGACGACUUUGAAAAGCGGAUGGACGAGGAUGGGGUCAUCGGCCUGGGGGAGGGUGCCAGGAGCCCACCGUGGGGUGACAGUGAGGACCUGGAGGAGGGGUCCCCGGCAGAGGAGGGGAGCUGGCACCCGCGGCAGGACCCGGCCGAGGAGGAUGAGGAGCGGGGCAGCUCCGGGGGGGACGAGGGGACCUGGGGGGCGGAGAGCGAUGGGGAGCCCUACCCCGAGCUGUCCCCGAGGGGCCGCUGGGGCUCGGGCUCCAGCGACAGCCUCGAGGCGUUGAGGGACAGCCGGGCUCUCUUCCAGCCCCGGGGCUGCAGCACGGACUGGGGGGACACCUCGGGGCUGUCGGACACCAGCCCUGGCCCUGCCACCCCGUCCCGCCAGCCCCGGGGCUGGGACACGGCCGGGGACACCAUCGGGGGGCACAGGCAGGAGUGGACCCCGAGACGGAGCCUCCCCCUGCACCUCUCCACCGCUGACCCCAGCCCCGAGAGUGUCCCCGAGCCCCAGAAAGCUGGCACAGGGAUGCCAGCCCCCGGUACCGCCGGCUUGGCACCCACCAGGCACCCCCAGGGCGCCGGGAAUCCCUCGGCACUCCAAGGGCACGACAGAUCCCGAGUGCCCAAGAAAGCAGCGCCCGCGGUGGUGCCUCCCAAGCCCACCCGGCAGUCGCGGUCCCUGAGCCCCCGGAGGCGAACGGGUGGCAAGGGGACGAGGGAUCCCCCGGGAACGGGCACCGAGGGCACCCAGUACGGCCGAGGGCGCCUCAACCACCCGCUGCCCGACCUCUCCAAGGUGGAGGCGCGGGUGAAGUUCGACCAGAGCUAUCGCCCACCCCGGGGCCGGGUGCUGCCCGCCCGCCCCCGCGGCCCCGGCGGCCCCAUCGGCUUCAAAUCCCCGGCAGAAAUCGUCCGGGAGGUGCUGCUGAGCAGCGGGGAGGGGGUGUCCCCGCAGCCCCCCAGCACGGCCGGGCUGCCGCAGGAGUUCAGGUCGCCCAGACAAGCCACGGCGCUGGUGCAGCAGCUCCAGGACGAUUACCACAAGCUGCUGACCAAGUACGCCGAGGCUGAGAACACCAUCGACCAGCUGCGCCUGGGCGCCAGGGUGAGCCUGUUCUCCGAGCCGCCGCAGCCCAGCCGCAGCCUCGCCGUGGGCACCGUGGCCACCGGGAGCCGAGUGAUGACCCUCAGCAUCCCGCAGGCACGGACAGCGGCUUUCGGCACGGCCACAGCCCCGGCCUCGCCAGGUGCAGCCCCGGGACCGUCAGAGCCGGAUGGUUCACCCCAACCUCGCUCCCCUCCUCUGCCCGGGGGGGGCUGCCCCACCUGCCCCGGGCCGUGCUGCUGCCCCGGGCCCCGGCUCACCCGGGCACUGGCGGGGCAGAGCCGCAGGCUGCAGGCACAGGUGGAAGCUUUCGAAAGCUGGACGCGUGCAGGGACCCUCCCAGCCCCGGAGCAGCUCCAGAGGAUGAGGAUGCUGAAGGACGCGCAGGAUGCGCUGGAGCGGGAAUACCUGCGGGGCCGGCAGCAGCUCCCGGAGGCUGCGGGGGGGUUUGAUCCUGACCGGGCGGUGGAAGGGGAGAUUUACCGCCUGGGGCUGCGCCUGGAGGGGCUGAAGGAGCGGCUGGAGCCGGGGGACAGGCGGCAGCCCCUCGCUCAGCCCCCCCCGCAGCCCCGCUGCCCCCCAGCCCCGUCCCCACCGCCCGCCUCACGCUCCCCGCACCCCGAGAGCCCUGCGCUGGUGGAGGGUCCUCGGGGGACAGCGGGGGACAACGAGGGGGUGGCAGGGGGGCUGCCCUGGCCCCUCUGGCACAAGCAGCGCCGAGUGGAGGAGGAUUUUGGGGACCUGCUGGAGCAGUACAAACACUUGAAGUCCUUGCCGGAGUUGCUGAGCCUGGAGCAGCUGAGCCUGGCGGAGAGCGGGUCCCAGGAGGAGGUGGAUGCACCCACCGCAGGGGACGGUGGCGCCAGCAAGGUCCCUGGCAGGACACGGUCACUCGAGGAGGGGCCCAACCUCGAGACCUUGCCCUUGCACCUCCCGGAGAGAAGAGCUGCCACGCUUUCCCCCAGAGGAUCCCCAAACCUGGGGGAGACACGGGGCCACCCCUCCCCUGCCACUGCUGAGGAGCCACCAGCCUCUGCCAAGCCCCCUCUGGUGGUCCCUGGGCCACCACAGGUUCCCCUGUCCCUCCGCAGCAGCGGGACAGGCAGCGCUGCCACCCAGCACGGGUCCCACAAGGAGCAGCGCAUCGUGUCCCCGGAGACCGACAGCGGCUUCGUGGGCUCGGAGGCCAGCAGGGUGUCCCCGCCCGUGCACACCCCCGAGCACCAUCCCCCCGGCCCGGGGACUCCGCUGGGACCCUCCGUCCCCAUCCCCAGCAGCCUCCGUACGCCUCGGAAGAGAGAGAACACCCCACUUCCCUCUGAGACAGCCCUGAUGGGCAUCUACCCCUCGGGGGGCACAGGGGGGCCCCGGCUGCCCCCCAGCAGCCCCUCACAGAGCAGCUCCCCUCCUCGCUGGGCCGAGAGCGCGGGCAGCGAGGUGGGGCCGGACCCCGACGCUGAUGGCACUCACUCGGACUCGGAGGUGGGAGACAGGAGCUGUGCCAGCGCCGGUGACCACCCCCCAGCCAUGGCCAGGAGCCCAAGCAGCCCCCUGCCAUCCCCCGAAACGCCAUCCCCCACCCUCCUGUCCCCCGACCUGUCGUCCCUCGACCCGGCUCACUGUGACCUGCUGGGCUCCCGUCUGCAGCGAGACCAGGCCAUCCGGGCGCUGCAGGACGAGGUGUGGCGGCUGCGGCGGAGGCUGGAGGAGAGCCUGCACCUCUCCCGCAGCUAUCCCGAGGGAAAAGCCGCUCCCCGAGCCACCCCGGCCAGGAGGCAGCCGGGGCCCAGCGGAACAUCGUCCCCUCAGGACGCAGCACCCUCGGGGGACCCGAGCCCCUCGGUGCGGGGCAGGGUGGCCCCCGGGGUCACAGCCAGGAGGAGGGAGAGAUCGGCAUCGCUGCCCCGGGACAGGCCAGAGCUGGAGCUCGGUCCAGAGCUCGGCUCCAGCGGAUCCCACCUAGCUUCCCCAUCCUCUGCCGCAGCCUCCGAGUCAGAGCCCUGCCCCGCCGGGGCCCGGGCACCCCCCGCCCUGCGGAAACACCUUGGGAAGCUCCCGGAGCCGGUGACACUUCGGGGACAGUACACAGGGACACGGUACCAGGCGGGGACACCACGCGCCACCCCGGCACCCCGAGGAGAGCCGGGCACCUCGGGGUGUCCCCGAUGUCACAGGAGCAGGAUGGCAUCAGCUGGAUUUGGGGGAGGCGAUGCCCCCCGGCAGCCCCGGCACAGCACCCUGAGGAGGACGUCCUGCCCCACCUGCCAGGCACCCACGGGCCCCUCUGUGCCAGGCAGCAGGGACAGAGCCACAGCCGCAGAGCGUGGCCAUGGUGGCUCCUGUCCCACCCACGCUGGAGAUGAGAAGCUGGAGCAACCGGGAAUUUGGUACUUGGCAGCCACCCCUGCUGCCACCACCGCCACCGUCUGCCUGGCACCCGUCCCCCUCGUGCCUUACGUGCCCUCCGUGCUCUACUGCUCCCCAGCAGUUCCUACCUCAGCCCCAGCCCUGGCCGGGGUCCCCCUCGGGGUCACUGCAGAGCGUCCCCCCCGGCCCCAGGGCCGCCCCCGCUGCCUGAGGCUGGAGCUGGAGGAGCUGGAGGAGCUGAGCCGCUCGCUGAGCCGGGCUGUGGAGGCUGCCCAGAGCGUCAGGCUGAGCACCAGCCGCGUCAGCCGGGCCCUGGCCGCCGAGCUGGGCCGGGCGCGGGGCCUGCGCGGCUCCUGCCUCUUCUGAGGGGCCCCCUGGCACCUCCCAACCCCCAUGAGCGACAGGAGGAGGAGGAUGGGCCCCUCAGCGUCACCCCUGCCAAAUCUGGGGGCAGCAGGGCUGGAGGUGGCUCCUGGAGGUGGCUCCUGGAGGUGGCUCCUGGAGGUGGCUCUGAGGGCUCCUCGCCACUCUCCAUGCACGGCUUGUCCAUCCGUCUGUCCGUUUUCUGGAGCCCCCCAAGCUGCAGGAGGGAGGAAGGCGUGGGCAGAAGUCUCCAGAAUUCCCCAGCACCAUCCCCUGGCACCUCCGGGGUGGCCCUGUGACCACCCCACCCUGAGCACUUCUGGGGAUGCUCUGACCUCGUGUGGGUCGAGCUCCCUUGGCAGCUGUUUUUACCUCUGUGCCUGUGUGGGCAGAAAUACCUGGGAUCUCCUGGGAUUCCCUGGGAUCCCCUGGUAUCCCUGGGAUUCCCUGGGAUCUCCUGGGAUUCCCUGGGAUCUCCUGGGAUUCCCGGGGAUUCCCUGGGAUCUCCUGGGAUUCCCUAUUCCACCCCUUUCCCAGCCUUUAGGCCUCCUCAGGGGGCUGUGCCCUGUGCCCUUGGACUUGAACCCAGCAGGAUCCUCCCUGUGGAAACUUAUAUUUUUGGUGUUUUUUUAUGUGAAUUUUUUAGCUAGUAAGCAGCUAAAUCACUCUUUUGAGUGUUGAUUGAUGAGCUAUAGUGUGUGUGAUAUAUGUGUAUCUAUAAAUGGAUAUAUCUAGAUAUAAACAUAUCUCUGGUUAUAUAUCUAGAGAGACAGAUAUAGAUAGAUCUGUGUACGUACAGAUCUGUAUCUGAUUCUAUAGAUAUAUCCUUCUACAGAUACAUAUAUAUAUAAAUGUACUGGUUUGCACUUCCAGCACAACCCUUAGGGCAUUUGAGGGGUUUUUCUGGCCAUCCACAGCAUCAUCCAGGCAGAAAAUAAAAUGAAGGAUUUGAGGUUUUCCCUCCGGGAUCCUCAGGAAAUCUGGGCUGGUAAAGGAGAAGUCACCUGAGACCGAAGUGGGUGCGGGGUCUGUGGUGUCCCUGUUCCUCCCAGCUGGGUUUCUAAGGAGUUAAAGCUGAUUUUUUUUGGGAAAAGGAUGUGCUUGGGGCAGCUCUUCCUGGGAUGGGUCCAGCCAAACCCCCUGCUCCACCCCCAGCACCUCAGCCUGUGUUUAUUUGUAGGACCUACCUGAAGUGCCAGUGUCAAAUGUAUUUAUUUUUGUUUUUAUUUGGUGUACAAAUACCCACAUUUUGGAGGGAGGCAUCAGUGACUCAGGUCUGGAGCCUUCCAAGCUCCCCCUGAGCCUGAUGAGCCCAGAGGGGUUGGGAAUGGGGCUGUCCCCUCCUUUUUUGGGGUGAGAGGGCUGGGUUUGGGGGAUUUUGAAGCGGUUUGGGGGAUUUUUAAAGAGGUUUGGGGGAUUUUAAAAGAGGUUUUCUGUGUCUCCAGUUUCCUCUGCACAUGUCCACGCCCCAAGCUGGAAGCUGUGACUCCCCCCCAGAUGGGAACCUGUAGAAAAUUUGGGUAAUUAUCCCAAAUGCAGUAGCCAGGACCAAAUGAUGUUUUUCUUUUCCUUGUCCCCUAUUUUUUAACGCCCAGCAGAGCCACUGGGGUGGUAUUUUGUACGAAGAAAUCGCCUAUUUUUGAAGGAAAUA